AAGAUUGCAUUAUUGUGGUUGCUGACACAGUGAUGAAUCAUAGAAUCAUGGGACAGCUACAGAGAAAAUGUCUACAUUUAAUUUCACUUCUGGGUUUGGCCUGGCUGUGUGAAGGGUCAUUGAGAGGGCUGUCAAUCUACAGACCAACUGCCUCCUUCAACUAUAAGGUUGCCUCACAGGCAAGACCUAAUCCUGUGGUGCCAGUUCAAAACCCAAUUCCCUUUCCAGCCAGGAUCCAAAAGCUUCCCCAGGCCCUGUCCAAGAGCCCGGUCACAACCCAGCCUCCUGCUCAACAGCCUGUGGUGAAGGUGAUUACCCCUCUGGAGCACAUCAAGAGUGUGGGAGCCCGCUGUGGGGAGGACGUCGUCCAGGUGGAAGUUAAACUGGACCUGUUUGGGACUGGUCAGCUGGUGAAGGCGGAGGACAUCUCCCUUGGAGGGUGUCUCUCAGUGGGACUGGACCUCUCCGCCCAAGUCCUUCUGUUUGAGUCGGAGCUGCACACCUGUGGAAGUGUGCUGACGAUGACUGAGGACAACCUCGUCUAUGCCUUCACUCUGCUCUAUACGCCAACACCGGAAGGUGCCAGUUCCAUUGUCAGGACCAACAGUGCCACUGUCCACAUUGAGUGCCGCUAUCUGAGGAGACAUAAUGUGAGCAGCGAUGCGCUGAAGCCUACAUGGCUCCCAUACUCUGCCACCAAAACAUCGGAGGAGUCCCUCUCCUUCUCCCUUGUGCUCAUGACUGAUAACUGGAUGUACGAGAGGGCGUCCAAGGUGUACUUUCUGGGAGACAUGAUUAAUGUGGCGGUGUCCGUACAACAGUAUCACCAUGUCCCCAUGCGUGUGUUUGUGGACAGCUGUGUGGCCACCCUGGUCCCUGACACCAAUUCUGCCUUGAGAUAUGACUUCAUCCGAAAUCACGGGUGUUUAAUUGAUGCCCUGCAAACGGGCUCCAGCUCUCACUUCCUGGACCGGACCCAGCCAGAGACACUGCACCUCCAGCUGGAAGCCUUCCGCCUCCAGCAGCAGACCAGCUCUGAGAUGUAUAUCUCCUGUCUUCUGAAGGCCACUGUAGCAACAGCUCCUCUGGACACUGAGCACAAGGCCUGCUCGUUUGCUUCAGGAACUAAUAAGUGGGUGGGAGCUGAUGGGAAUGAUGUGGUGUGUGGCUGCUGUGAGACUUCCUGUAGUCAGAGGAAGGGGAGGAGUCUGCCAAUUACAGAUUUGGAGUGGGAGGUGGAUGCUAUGUUUGGGCCAAUCUUCAUUCAGGAAACAUAUGUGAAAGGACAACAGGAAGUGCAUGCUCAAGAACAUGAAGUACAGGCUCAAGCACAAAGCUUUCAUAUGUUGCCAGAUGAGCAGUCCAGCACAGGUGUCUCUUCAGAGUCCAUAGCCAUGGUGGGAGUAGCUUUGGUGUUGGGCCUGCUCUGUGUGGCUGUCCUGGUUACCAUCCUGUACAGAAAGAACCAGCCUGUACAGAGUCCUGUGAUCCCAGCACCCACUGACUGAUGACAAUAAACAUGGCUGCCGUGCCCCUUUUCAACCACUCUG